AUGGAGAUAAAUUCUAGUGAUUUAGAGAGCUCUUGCGACGAAUUCUGGAAUGAGCUCCAAGAGAUUGCAUCAGGUCAUUACCAAUCUAUUUCGAAAGUUGAACACGCUUUGUCUCGCUACAUAAAUUUAGCCGCCCUUUACUUUGAUAAAUAUCUUGACCAAGAUGAAGACUUGACUAGGUGUGGUUACCACCUUAUUCACUCCUCUAUUUUCAACAAUAAUAAAGCCUAUGUUCGACGAAAAUUGAUUUCUUUGCUAUUGGAAUCGAAUCUCGAUCUUUCAAACCGUAUCUUUAUUGGCGCAAUUCUUUUAAUAGACGGUAGACGUAAUCCAGCAACUUUAGAAAUGAUGCAAGAGGAGUCUGCAACAGGAACACUUAUAAAUACAAUUUGGAAAUCGCAAAUGAAAUCUCCUCGUCUUCAUAGAAUCUUUCUUGAACUUUUUUACGAAAUGUGCCGCAUUCAAAAACUUACAUAUUCAGACCUUUCCCUUGUCAAAUCGGAAUUUUUGAACUAUCUUUUUACAGCAAUCGAAAACAAGGAUGACUAUGAUUACGACCCUUAUGGAUUUGCUGUUAUCAAAGUUCUUCUUGCUUUGAAUGAACAGUUUAUGGUUGCUGCAUAUAGUAAAGCAACUCAAAACAAUAGUCAAUAUUACUACAACAAGCCACAUUCUUCAUCUGAAGCUCACAUUGAAAAUUUAGCUAACACGGAUGAAGAGCAUACUGAACCGAGCUCUGAAAUUGAUAACUCUGUCGAUAAUCAGUUUCGCAAAAUUAAAUCUGAAGUGUCCCUACAAGAUCUCGAACAUCAUAGUCACCAGCAUCCCAACCCAGAUUAUUCUGCGGUCACUCUAGAAAAUAAAGUCUUUAACACUUUGUGCUUACACAAAGACCAGUAUCGUACUUUUGGUGAGAAUAUUGUAUUUCUGCUAAACCGGAGUCCAGACAAUACCCUUCAACUUAUGGUUUUAAAAUUUUUAUACCUUAUUUUUACAACGCCUGCCACUUAUGAAUACCUUUAUCUCAACGACUUGAAGGUUAUUGUCGACGUUUUCAUUCGUGAACUUUAUAAUUUAUCUUCCGAUGAAGAAAACCUAAUACACACAUAUUUGAGAGUUUUACACCCUCUUCUACUUCAUACAGAGCUUCGACGCGAAAGGUAUAAGGCUAAAGAGCUUGUUUCACUUCUUGAAGGGAUGAGCGAAAAUGCAUCUAGAUAUUGUAUAGACAUUAGUGAAACAACACAGCGUCUUGCUUACAGAUGUCUUUUUGUUGAUUGGAUAGGUGCUCCUUCUCCAACCCUCCCAAGAAAAUGCAGAACAUUCGACGAAACUAUCAGCACGUUAAGCAAAUCACGAAGCUAUAGCGACUAUGAAAGCGAUUCUACCCCAUCUGUUGCUACAAUUUCUGAGCCUGUUUCUCCCCAUACUGAACUUGCAGAUAGUACUGUUAAAGAAACACAAACUGAUGUGACAACUCAAGAAUCACAAGAGCCUUUACCUUAUAAAGAGACUUCCAACAAAGAAAGAAAGCCUUCUAUUACACCCCUUCAUAUUACACAUUCCGCACCCGCAUAUCUGGAAAAACAUGAAGAGAAUGAUGAAAAGUUUGAACAAUUUAUACAAAAUCCUCAGCAAACAGGAGAAAGCAGUGAAAGUUCCAGAAGCAGUUAUAGUAACCGUUCUUAUGAUCGAAAUCAAGAUAUUGAUGAAGGGAUGACUCCGACUUCUCCUGUAUCCACUUUAUCUUCUGGUAUCAGUUCACUUAGUUGCGAAUCUACUGAAGAUUCUUCCCUAAUUAUCCCUUAUACUAUUACACCCCCACCGCAAAUCACUUUGGAGAAUAAUAAAAAUAUUGUAAGAGGUGUGCUUCCGCCACCACCACCGCCUUCACGUUCAAAUCCUCUUGCGCCAAAGCACUAUUCCUUAUCAUUGCAUCGAUCUAGGCCGCCGCCACCUCCGCCGCCCUCUUUGAGUGACUCUUUAACUUCAUUGUCUGAGGAGCAGCCAAAUUUACAUGCCUCUUCUAUUGAAUUUCAUACUCCACCUCCACCGCCUCCUCCUCAACCAGCUAAUCGUCUUAAGCAUGCUAAAUCAUCUGACGCUUUGAGAAUGCUAGGUACUCUUGGAUUUAAGCGCUGUGCGCCUCCACCACCACCCGUACCACCUUUACCCUUUGAGCAUAAGAUAAAUCAUUCCAAAUCGAUUGAGGCUUUGAAAUCUUUUAAUUCACAGUCUCAAACCUCUGUAAUGCCUCCACGACCUCCUCCACCUAGAACUUUGCGCAAACCAAAUAGUACAAAUACCUUAGGAAUGUCUAUUAGAAAUACAAGUGCCAUUGAGCUUGCUUAUGCACGAGACAAUAAUAAGGAUACACCCCCUUUACCGUCUAUUCUAUAUGAGGAGAGAAAUACAAGAGAUGAUCUUAUGAAACAAAAUAGUCACACAAGCAUGGAAUCUUUAAAUCAUUAUGACUCUUAUGACGAUGAAACAAACAAAUCUGAUCAAGAAUCAUUUUCUCAUCAUGCUGGCAUGAAACAACCACCGCAGCCUCCUAAUCAUCAUCAUCCUCAUCAUUUACAGAAGAAAGUUUCAAUGCCCUCGUUUCACCCGCAUUCUUCUCAUCAUCAUCAAAGAGCGCGACCUCUGCCACCACCACCUCGUCACCAUUCUUAUGCUCCUUGCCCUCCUGCAUCCAGAAUGUACAUGCAACAUAAUAACACUCAUACCAAACUAGUUGCUUCUCAUCCUAAUAGAGGCCCCCCACCUCCACCUCCCCAACGUCAUAAUAGCGAGGCUACCAUUAUUCAUUCUUCUAACUAG